AAGAAGAAGAAAAGAAGUAAUAAAAAAAAAAAACAGUGCCCUGUCACAUCCACACUGAGUCCAUUUCCAUGUGCCCACUACUCCCCAAUCGACCCAAGGUCUAGGGUUUUCGAAGACCACCCCUAACCUCUAACCUUCAAUCUCCGAUUUUAGAUUUAACAAUUCAAUCUCUCUCGCUUUCUCUCUCUCUUCCCCGAAUUCGGGCAUGGAAGAGCAACAACGGCAACAGCUAAAUCAAAAUCAAAAUCAACAAGCUUUGGUUCCUUACAAACCGCGUAUUCAAGAUGGAGGAGGGCAAUCACAGCCUUGCUUUGACAAUUCGUCGGAGCAGAGCAGAGACGUGGACCUCAUGAGCGUCGAUCAAUGUCAUAUCGAUGAUUCCAAACUCGUCGGAGCUACACCGGCGGCGACGGAGGACGCUUCCAAGGCGGCGGUGGAGUUGAUGAUGAUGAUGACGAAAACAACGACGCAGAACAAGGUGGAGCCUUCUCCCCUUCCGGUGGUGCCGAAUACUACUACUCCUACGACUACUACGACGACGACGACGACGACGGUGGUGGUGGCGAAGAGAAAGCGAGGUCGACCGCCGAGAGGUCAGCCGAAGAUGACCAUAACGUCGCCACCGCCGAGGAAGAAGAAGGACGAAGAGGACGUGUGUUUCAUUUGCUUCGAUGGUGGUAGCCUCGUGCUCUGUGAUCGCCGGGGCUGCCCUAAAGCAUACCAUCCUUCAUGCAUUAAGCGGGACGAGGCGUUCUUUAAAUCGCGGGCUAAAUGGAAUUGCGGUUGGCAUAUAUGCAGUAGUUGUCAGAAGGCUGCACAUUAUAUGUGCUAUACUUGUACAUAUUCUUUGUGCAAGGGUUGUAUCAAAGAUGCUGAUUAUCUGUGCGUAAGAGGAAACAAUGGAUUUUGUGGCACAUGCAUGAGAACUGUGAAGCUGAUCGAGAAUUUGCAAGGAAAUAAGGACACGGCUCAAGUGGAUUUUGAUGACAAAAGCAGCUGGGAGUAUCUCUUCAAGAUGUAUUGGAUAUUUUUGAAGGGGAAACUGUCUUUGACUUUAGAUGAGCUUACUCGAGCUAAAAAUCCAUGGAAAGAAGCUGAUACUAUAGUUUGUAAGACAGAAUCUUCAGGUGAAGUUUAUGAUGGUAAUAAUGACAAAGGUUCUAGUUUCAACCAUUCAUGUACAGGCAUAGAAACAAAUAAUUCCAGAAAGAGAAAGACUAGGAAGCAGCCUCUGCUUAAUAAAGACUCUCUAUCUAUGGAGAAAUCAGUUAGUAAUAAUGGGAUGCAUCUGCCUGAAGGCACAAUAUGGGCAUCAAAGGAACUCUUAGAGUUUGUUGCGCAUAUGAAAAAUGGUGAUACAUCCCCAAUACCUCAGUUUGAUGUCCAGGCUCUUUUGCUAGAGUAUAUAACGAAAAACAAUCUCCGUGAUCCUCAGCGAAAAUGCCAAAUUGUUUGUGAUUCAAGGCUUAUAAAUCUAUUUGGAAAAGCACGUGUUGGUCACUUUGAAAUGCUCAAGCUUCUUGAAUCUCACUUUCUUAUAAAAGAAAACUCUCCAGCAGAUGAUAUUUUAAGAGUGGGAGUUGUUGGUGCUGUUGCACGUCAGUUGGAGACUGAUGGGAAUUAUGAUAACCAACUUCCGACAGGUAGUGAUAAGAGGCGUAGAACACGUAAAAGACCUGAUGAGAGAGGGUCACACGUUAAUUUAGAUGCAUUUGCAGCAAUUGAUGUUCACAACAUUAACUUGAUUUACUUGCGGCGUAAUUUGAUGGAGAGUCUUAUGGAUGAUGCUGACAAAUUUCAUGACAAAGUUAUUGGCUCAUUUGUGCGAAUAAGAAUUCCCAAUAAUGACCAAAAGCAAGAAAUGUAUAGGCUUGUACAAGUUGUAGGUACAAGCAAGGUGACUGAACCAUAUAAAAUUGGAGAAAGAACUACAGAUGUGAUGCUUGAAAUCCUAAAUUUAGACAAGAAAGAGGUCAUAUCAAUCGAGGGGAUUUCAAACCAGGAGUUCUCUGAGGAUGAGUGCAAACGUUUACGCCAGAGUAUAAAGUGUGGGCUCAUCAAACAGUUGAAUGUGGGUGAGAUUCAGACAAAGGCAAUGACGCUUAAAGCAGUGAGAGUGAAUGAUGUGCUGGAAGCAGAGAUAUUGAGACUUAAUCAUCUACGUGAUCGAGCAAGUGAAAAGGGACAUAAGAAGGAGUUAAGAGAAUGCGUGGAGAAAUUACAACUUCUGAAGUCACCCGAGGAGCGUCAGCGUAGACUGUAUGAGAUUCCUGAAGUCCACACCGAUCCAAAAAUGGAUCCAAGUUAUGACUCUGAGGAUAAUGCUGGAGAAUUAGAUGAGAAGAGACAAGAUGUUAGUUUGAUAUCAAAACUUUCUGGCUAUGGUAGAAAGGGGAGGGAGCUUAUCUCUGCACUAAGAGCAGGUGAUAUAUCAGAGGAUAUUGGAAGCAGAAAAAACUUUACCAAGUCUUGUGAGCAGAGUAGUAAAGUUGGUAUGACUAGUAAUUCUGAUGAAGGUGGUGCUUCCCAGCUUCAUGAUACAGUGAGCAAAUCCUCUUGGAAUCAGGAAAGAGAAGCACCUGGAAUAAAUAGUUGGAAUCCACCAGCAAACCAGGUUAAUACUUCUGGUUCAUUGGACAUUGCUUGGAAUAGUCAAGCAGUGGUGGUUGCAUCAGAAAUUUCACCACUGGCUCUUUCUUCAGUGUCAGAGGAAUCUGCUAAUGAUUCUGAGACUGACAAAAUUUGGCACUACGAGGACCCAGCUGGCAAAACUCAAGGGCCAUUCUCUAUGCUGCAGCUGCGUAAAUGGAGUGAGCACUUCCCUUCUGAUCAGAGAAUAUGGAGGAUAAAUGAAAAGCAAGAUAAAUCUGUACUUUUGACUGAUGCAUUAAGUGGACAAUACAAUGAAGUGCCACCUUUUCUGGAUAAUGGUAAUUUACUGUCUCAGGGAGUUGGAGUUGCCUCAGAUGUUGGAGAUAAUAUCCGUGAUGGUGGGUGUAGUGAGAGUAUGAAUGCUGCUCAGACAGACAAUAAAGAAGUUGAGGGGAGCUCAAAGCCAAAGCAGGAAGACUCAAGUGUUUAUAGUAAUAAUAAUGAUGAAGUUUUUAGGGGCAAUGAAUGGGGCUCUAAUUCUUCUAGUUGGACUACACCUGCAGAUGUUGCUAAUUCCGAUGAGAGAAGGAAUGAAGUUUCUCUACCAGGCUGGGACUCAUCCCAGGGAAAUAAUUCCUGGCUUGACCAGCCUCAAUUGUGUAAUAGUUCAUUAACCCCACCUGCAUUUUCUGGGAAGUCUGAUGAAACUCUGUCACAUCAAGUGAGGAAAGAUCAUGGGGGUGAAAGUAAUUCUGGUCAGGAAAAUGGAAAUUGCAAUUCAAACAGUACUGCUGACGGUCAAACUAAAAAUGAACAGGGUUAUGAGAACCGAUCUGAUAGUGAGGGCCAUUCAGGCCAAUCUUCUGGACAGAGCCAGAGGGCUCCACCCAUAAAUGGUUCAUUGAACAGCUGGGAUUCCAAUUCUGGUUUUACCUCUGUAGUUAAGUCACUUGAAACAACAGCGAAAAAUCAGGAAAUUGUUAUUCCAGAUCUGCCCAGUCCCGCUCCAAAGCAAAACAAUGAAGACUCAAAAUGUCAGGCUGGUGAAAACAAGCAAGCUGUUUCUUCAAGUGUUCCUGUACAAAAUGCAGACCCUUCCUGGAGCACUGCUUCUAGUUUAGUGGGUGGUGGGACUCAAAUUCAUGACGUAGCUGCUAAAUGGGGUGGGUACUCCCCUACUCCAGCCAAACCUUCUGUUGAGGAAUGGGACUCAAGUCUUGUCUCUGCAUCUUCUCUGAAACCCACUGAAAUGAUCAGUGAUCAUGCUGCUACCCCAACUUCAAUAAAUCACCAACUGACACAUUCUUCCCCGUCCCAUCCUCCAUCAAAUACAUCUAAUUGGCAGGCAAUAGUUACUGAACCUGCUGACUUCUGCUCUUUAGCUGACGAAUCAGUUUCAGAUCUGUUGGCUGAAGUUGAAGCAAUGGAGUCUCUUGAUGGCUUGCCUUCCCCUACUUCAAUUAUGAAGUGUGGAGAUGCAUUGAUAGAUGAUUCUAAAAAUGAUUGUAUGAGUCCUUUAGAUGGGUUUAGCCCAGCACUUGAUCCAGGAAAAGGUGACGCCUUAAGCUCCACUGGUGAUUUACAAGUACCUUCUCAAUCUACGGUGACUGAUGAACCACAUGGUGUAUCUGGGGCCGAUGUUCUUGAUCCUCAAAAGAGGUCCAGUGGGCAUUCCUCCACAAGUUUUGAAGUGGAGGGAGAUGCUAAGCCCAGUGAUAUUUCGGUUAACCAAUGGGAAUCUGGUUCUGACAUCCAACCUACACCGCCAUCUACAGCAAGUUGGGACAUGGGUACCACAGAUUGGAGAGUGGGAUCAGAAAGUACAGCCACUAGUUAUGGAGCAGUGCAGGGAGGUGCAAACUUGGGCUGGGGAGGAUUAGAUCAAAGAACUACAAAUAUGGGUUAUGGAAGUGGUCAAGUAGCAGCAGAGAACAGUGUAAGCAUGAAUAUGAGUGCUUCUGCUGGGAAUGCUGGCAUUUGGGGAACCCAUCCGAGAUAUGGUGGUGACAGAUUUUCUGGUCCUAGAGAUCGGGGUUUUCAGAGCAGGGAUUUAGGAUAUGGUAGAGGUAGGGGUAUGUGGAACAACAGACAGUCCAUGUUUGGUGGAAACGGAGGAGGUUCCUUCAGGCCUCCUCCCAAAGGGCAGCGAGUUUGUAAGUUUUAUGAAAGUGGCUACUGCAAGAAGGGGGCGGCAUGUGGUUAUUUGCACCCAUGAUUAUGGGGUUCCAUGCAAUUAGGCACAUUUAAUUCUGUAAUCAUUAUUCAUGUUAGGGAAGUCUGGUUCUUGCCAAUGUUGCAAUUUAACCUGUAAAAGUAUCAGUCAACAAGCAGCGUAAAACAUUAUUUUUUGAAUAUCUGGGUAGCUCUAGAGUUGCAAAGUUGUGGACAAUUUAGGAUGGGUGAUUUAAUUUGCCUGCCACAACGCUUUCCUCAUGAUUUUUGCUUUGACGCAUCUGGAAUCUUGGUUGGAUACACAUGCUACCCCAAAUUGAUGUCCGCUCAAACGCUAUUAUAUAUAAAAUAGUUGUUUUUGCCUA